CCCCCCCCCAAGAUGGCGCUGGUCUCGGCGGACUCGCGCAUCGCGGAGCUGCUCGGGGAGCUGCACCAGCUCAUCAAGCAGACGCAGGAGGAGCGGUCCCGCAGCGAGCACAACCUGGUCAACAUCCAGAAGACGCACGAGAGGAUGCAGACAGAAAACAAAAUCUCCCCCUAUUACCGCACGAAGCUGCGGGGGCUCUACACCACUGCCAAGGCGGACGCUGAGGCUGAGUGCAACAUCCUGCGGAAGGCGCUGGACAAGAUUGCUGAGAUCAAGUCGCUGCUGGAGGAGCGCCGCAUUGCGGCCAAGAUCGCCGGCAUCUACAGCGACGCGGAGCCGCCGCGGAAGACGAUGCGCCGCGGGGUGCUGAUGACGCUGCUGCAGCAGUCGGCCAUGACGCUGCCCCUCUGGAUCGGCAAGCCCGGGGACAAGCCCCCCCCACUGUGCGGUGCCAUCCCGGCGGCCGGGGACUACGUGGCCAAGCCCGGGGACAAGGUGGCCGCGCGCGUCAAGGCGGUGGACGGCGACGAGCAGUGGAUCCUGGCCGAGGUGGUCAGCUACAGCCACGCCGCCAACAAGUAUGAGGUGGACGACAUCGACGAGGAGGGCAAGGAGCGCCACACGCUGAGCCGCCGCCGCAUCAUCCCGCUGCCGCAGUGGAAGGCCAACCCCGAGACCGACCCCGAGGCGCUGUUCCAGAAGGAGCAGCUGGUGCUGGCCCUGUACCCGCAGACCACCUGCUUCUACCGCGCCCUCAUCCACGCGCCCCCGCAGCGGCCGCAGGACGACUACUCGGUGCUGUUUGAGGACACCUCGUAUGCUGACGGCUACUCGCCGCCCCUCAACGUGGCGCAGCGCUAUGUGGUGGCCUGCAAGGAGACCAAGAAGAAGUGAGGAGAAGGGGGCUUGGGGGGUGCUUUUGGGGUCGUGGAGGAAAUUUUUGGGGUCCUGGUGGUCGUUUUUGGGGUCUUGGUGGCCAUUUUGGGGCCCUUCAGUGACCAUUUGGGGACCCCCCUGGCAACUAUUUUGGGAUUUUCCCAAUGGAUGACAACUUCGGGACCCCUUAGACACCAUUUUGGGGUCUUGGUGGCUGUUUUGGGGUCUUAGCAGCCAUUUUAGGGCCCUCAGAGACCAUUUUGGGGUCUUCGCAGCCAUUUUGUGACCCCCUGGCAGCCAUUUUUGGGCCGCUCAGACCCCAUUUGGGGACCCUUCAGAGACCAUUUUGGGAUCAUCCCCCAUGGGCGACCACUUUGGGAUCUCUUAAACACCAUUUUGGGGUCCUGGUGGCCAUUUUUUGGGUCUUAGCAGCCAUUUUGAAACCCUUAGAUACCAUUUUAGGGUCUUGGUGGCCAUUUUGUGACGCCCUGGCAGCCAUUUUGGGGCCUUUCAGUGACAAUUUGGGGAUCCCCCUGCAGUUGUUUUGGGACUUUCCCCCAUGGAUGACCACUUUGGGAUCUCUUAGACAACAUUUUGGGGCCUUGGUGGCUGUUUUUGGGGCCUUAGUGGCCAUUUUGGGGCCCUCAGAGACCAUUUUGGGGUCUUGGCAGCCAUUUUGCGGCCCCUCAGCAACCAUUUGGGGACCCCAAAGACACAAUUCUGGGAUUUUCCCCAUGGAUGACAACUUUGGGACCCCUUAAACACCAUUUUGGGGUCGUUGUGGCCGUUCUGGGGUCUUGGUGGCCACUUUGGGACUUUCUUUGGGGCCAUUUUGGGAGUUUUUAGCCCCGUUUUGGGACCGUCCCCAUUAAACGCUGUGGGAAC